UUGUCGCAGAUCAUUUUCUCCAUCUGAAGGUGAUGUAGCUGUUUUUCAUGUUUUAUCGUUACCUGUCGUUACCUCCGGUUAAUCAGACGUUGUUGUGAUGUUACUGUAACAGAGUUUUAUGUGGAGUUGAAGCGGUAGAAUAAGAACAGCUCUGACUUUCUGUGUGAUUAGAUGGACUCUACAGGACUGAUGUGGACUCAGUGUGGCAGUCAGAGGGGCUGAGGACCUUCACUCUGUUGUUGUUCUUCCACAAAUCAUUCUGACACUAACCUGUCUCAGUCUCUGUACUUUACUCGAGGAUUUUCAUUUCCUGCUUCUACUAAUGUGAUAAUAAUGAGUCAUUCUGCAGGAGACACUUUGGCGCCAUCUAGUGGACUGACAGCAUAUUCAAUCUUGGAUGUGAAUGGAGCAGCAUGAAUCAGAGUGAGGACAGAGAGGAGGGAGUCCCUCCCUCUAAAACCACUCUGUGUGGGGAACAUGAGAGCCAGACCAAAGCUCAGAGCCCAGAGCAGCAGCACUCACCACACUCUGCUGGACCUGGACCUGGACCUGGACCCAGCUGUGUGUCCAUGAAGAGCAACAAGUCAAUAGGUGAUGAUGGUUAUUUCAAACAAAGUUUUGGAAGUUUCAGGAUCCAGCAGCAGAGACCAGACUCUCCUGAACCCAGCUGUCUGUCUUUAAAGAGUGACGACUCGAAGGGCUUGAUCAUUGAGUUUAAAGGGCGACGUCCAUCAGCUGAUCAGAUAGUGGACCAGGAGAGCUCAGAGGUUCCCAGUGGUCAGUCUGCCCAGCAGCAUCAAACACACCUGGACUCCAUAUUUAUGCUGCUGGAGGAGAACAUCGUCACUUUUGUGAAGAACGAGCUGAAGAAGAUCCAGAAGGUUCUGAGUCCAGAUUACCCAGAAUGCUUAGAGAGUCAGAGGGAGGAUGAGGAGGUGUUGGACGGUGAGGAUGAAGAGCAGAGGAGCAGCAGAGAGGAGUUUCUGAAGAUCACACUGAACUUCCUGAGGAGAAUGAAGCAGGAGGAGCUGGCUGACUGUCUGCAGAGCAGACAUUUUGCUCCAAUUUGUCGACGUAAACUUAAAUCUAACCUGAAGGAGAAGUUCCAGUGUUUGUUUGAGGGGAUCUCUAAAGCAGGAAACCCAACCCUUCUGAAUCAGAUCUACACAGAGCUCUACAUCACAGAGGGAGGGACUGGAGAGGUCAAUGAUGAACAUGAGGUCAGACAGAUUGAAACAGCAUCCAGGAAACCAGCCAGACCAGAAACAACCAUCAGACAAGAAGACAUCUUUAAAGCCUCACCUGGAAGAGAUGAACCAAUCAGAACAGUGAUGACAAAGGGAGUGGCUGGCAUUGGGAAAACAGUCUUAACACAGAAGUUCACUCUGGACUGGGCUGAAGACAAAGACAACCAGGACAUACACUUCACAUUUCCAUUCACUUUCAGAGAGCUGAAUGUGCUGAAAGAGAAAAAGUUGAGCUUGGUGGAACUUGUUCAUCACUUCUUUACUGAAACCAAAGAAGCAGGAAUCUGCAGGUUUGAAGAGUUCCAGGUUGUGUUCAUCUUUGACGGUCUGGAUGAGUGUCGACUUCCUCUGGACUUCCACAACACUGAGAUCCUGACUGAUGUUACAGAGUCCACCUCAGUGGACGUGCUGCUGACAAACCUCAUCAGGGGGAAACUGCUUCCCUCUGCUCGCCUCUGGAUAACCACACGACCUGCAGCAGCCAAUCAGAUCCCUCCUGAGUGUGUUGACAUGGUGACUGAGGUCAGAGGGUUCACUGACCCACAGAAGGAGGACUACUUCAGGAAGAGGUUCAGAGAUGAGGAUCAGGCCAGCAGGAUCAUCUCCCACAUCAAGACCUCACGAAGCCUCCACAUCAUGUGCCACAUCCCAGUCUUCUGCUGGAUCACUGCUACAGUUCUGGAGGAUGUGUUGAAAACCAGAGAGGGAGGAGAGCUGCCCAAGACCCUGACUCAGAUGUACAUCCACUUCCUGGUGGUUCAGACCAAACUGAAGAACAUCAAGUACAAUGGAGGAUCUGGGACAGAUCCACACUGGAGUCCAGAGAGCAGGAAGAUGAUUGAGUCUCUGGGAAAACUGGCUUUUGAGCAGCUGCAGAAAGGAAACCUGAUCUUCUAUGAAUCAGACCUGACAGAGUGUGGCAUCGAUAUCAGAGCAGCCUCAGUGUACUCAGGAGUGUUCACACAGAUCUUUAAAGAGGAGAGAGGACUGUACCAGGACAAGGUGUUCUGCUUCGUCCAUCUGAGUGUUCAGGAGUUUCUGGCUGCUCUUCAUGUCCAUCUGACCUUCAUCAACUCUGGAGUCAAUCUGCUGUCAGAAGAAAAACCAAGAAUAGAUAAAUCUGCAGAGACACUUUUCUACCAGAGUGCUGUGGACAAGGCCUUACAGAGUCCAAAUGGACACCUGGACUUGUUCCUCCGCUUCCUCCUGGGUCUUUCAGUGCAGACCAAUCAGACUCUCCUACGAGGUCUGCUGACAAGGACAGGAAGUGGUUCAGAGACCAGUCGGGAAACAGUCCAGUACAUCAAGAAGAAGAUUGUAAAGACUCCCUCUGCAGAGAAAAGCAUCAACCUGUUCCACUGUCUGAAUGAACUGAAUGAUCGUUCUCUAGUGGAGGAGAUCCAACAGUACCUGAAUUCAGGACGUCUCUCCACAGAUAAACUGUCUCCUGCUCAAUGGUCUGCUCUGGUCUUCAUCUUACUGUCCUCAGAAAAAGAUCUGGACGUGUUUGACCUGAAGAAAUACUCUGCUUCAGAGGAGGCUCUUCUGAGGCUGCUGCCAGUGGUCAAAGCCUCUAACAAAGCUCUACUGAGUGGCUGUAACCUCUCAGAGAGAAGCUGUGAAGCUCUGUCCUCAGUUCUCAGCUCCCAGUCCUCUAGUCUGAGAGAUCUGGACCUGAGUAACAACAACCUGCAGGAUUCAGGAGUGAAGAUGUUGUCUGUUGGACUGGAGAGUCCACACUGUUCACUGGAGACUCUCAGCCUGUCAGGUUGUCUGAUCUCAGAGGAAGGCUGUGCUUCUCUGGUCUCAGCUCUGUGCUCCAACCCCUCCCAUCUGAGAGAGCUGGACCUGAGCUACAAUCAUCCAGGAGACUCAGGAGUGAAGCUGCUGUCUGCUGGACUGAAGGAUCCAGACUGGAGACUGGACACUCUCAGGGUGGAACCUGGUGGAGUCCGAUGGUUGAGACCAGGUCUGAGGAAGUAUUCCUGUCAACUCACAAUCGACACAAACACAGUGAACACAAAACUCAAACUGUCUGACAACAACAGGAAGGUGACACAUGUGGAGGAGGAUCAGUCAUAUCCUGAUCAUCCAGACAGAUUUGAUCAGUGGUGUCGUCAGCUGCUCUGUAGAACUGGUCUGACUGGUCGCUGUUACUGGGAGGUCGAGUGGAGAGGAGGGGUUGAUAUCUCAGUGAGUUACAGAGGAAUCAGAAGGAAAGGAGGCAGAGACUGUUUGUUUGGAAUGAACGAUCAGUCCUGGAGUCUGUUCUGUUCUGAUGAUGUUGGUUACUAUGUCUGUCACAAUAACAUGAAGACAUCUAUCUCCUCCUCCUCCUCCUCAUCCUCUGUCUCUAACAGAGUAGCAGUGUAUGUGGACUGUCCUGCUGGCUCUCUGUCCUUCUACAGAGUCUCCUCUGACUCUCUGAUCCACCUCCACACCUUCAACACCACAUUCACUCAACCUCUGUGUCCUGGGUUCUUCAUCUGGCCUGGUUCCUCAGUGUCUCUGUGUUGAGUGUAGCAGAGAGAGUCUCCUCCACAUGAUUGACAGUUUGACUGUAAAAUGAAUCAAAUGAACAGAGUCCAGUUGUUGUUGUUUUCUGACAGUAAAUGACUGGGAGGUUGAAAUCUCUUUCACUUGACGUCCAUCUUGUUUUUCAUCUUUAAAUGAUAGUGUGACGUCCUUAUGUGCUCCAUAUCUGGGCUCUACUGUGAAUACAAAGAUACACACUGGUUUGUCGAGUGCAAACAAUACAUGGACCCAGGAAUAAAAACUACACAGAGCAGCUUUAGUUGUGCCAUAAAAGCUACUGUGAUUCAGAUGGAGCUGUUGAGAAAAUGAAAGUGAAGAAAAGAACAAACCCGGAGGAAAACCUUCCCAGUUCCACGCUCACCUGUCCUGUUGUCCCGCCUCUGGAGAGCUGGGAUUGGACGGCAGCUCUGACUUCACCUCCAGUGUCGGCUGGCAGCUGUCGAAGCUCCUCUGCUCACUGAGGAGACUAAUGGAUUCACAGAAUAAAGAGAAACGUGUUCAACAAUGUCAAGAAGGGUUGAGAUCUCAGAACCUCUGUUACCUACACCAACAGACUGAGAUCAAAAUCUCCAUGUAAAACAUUAACACAGAGUUCUAAUUUAUGAUUUUGCUGUGAUAAUUUAUACUACAUACACUUUUUAAGAGUAAAAAAGAGAAAUCUGAUCAUAAGGUUCUUUGUUGAGUUUUCCAGGAAAGAGGAAGGACUCUCUCCAAAAGGCUUUGUAGUGAGCCAACCAGCCUCAGCUCUUUACCAUGUUUGUAACUUCAAUAAAUAUUCAAAGUUAAAGUUG